AUGGCGAACUCGGACCAGCUGCGCAAGAAGCGUGGUGCCAUAAGGGCUGGCGUCACGAGAGCGCUCACGCUUUUAACGGACCUGCUGCAGCAACCGGAUCCUGAUGCCUCUCAGAUUAGCGGACACAUGGAUUACCUCAAGGACAAGGAGACAGCACUGUCGCAGCUCGACGACGUCAUCCUUGCGACCACGGACGAAGAGAACCUCGACCAGGAAGUAGGAACGGCGCAGGAAUACAACGAGAAGAUUCUGUACGCAGUAUCACGCGCCAAGUUCUGGCUUCAAGAACGUGAGAGGAAUGCCGGAACGCAGGCUCGAGCAACUGAACCCGGGCCUAGCUACCUCGGAUCUCCAAACUCCGGCGACGCAGCAGGCCAGGUGAGAGAGAACCGUCAGCGUUCAGUUCAACUACCGAAGCUACAGAUACCGACGUUCGAUGGUAGUCUCCAUGGAUGGCAGUCUUUUUGGGACCAUUUCGACGCCACCAUCCACAAGAACGCUGAGAUACCGCGGAUUGAAAAGUUCAAGUACCUCCUCACCUACUUAACCGGCAGCGCGAAGCGGGCUAUCGAAGGCAUCCGCUUAGCCGAACAAAACUAUGACCUUGCGAUCAAGACGCUCACGGACCGCUUCGGACGCCGGGAUCUGCUCGUGAACGAUCAUAUCGAUCAUCUUCUCGCGCUAAGCCCAGUCAAAUGCUCAUCAGAGGUCCCGAAGCUUCGUCUGCUGCACGACAACGUCCAAUUUCACGUCAGCGCCUUAGAAGGGCUUGGAGUUUCGCCAGACCAGUACACCGUGGUGUUAAACCGUGUCCUGAUGCGAUGUCUGCCAGAGGAUCUCGCCAUCAUAUACCGGCAGAAGACCAAGGAAAGAAAUUGCGCAUCCAGUAUCGCCGAAACUCCUGAAGACAGAACGAGGCUCGCCAAGGAGAUGCUAACCUUCCUCCGCAUCCAAGUGGAAAUCCGGGAGGAAUGCCGGCAGCUGUGGCGUCGUGCAGUGCAAGACGAACCCAGGACCCACAUGCCUGAAAAAAUUUAUGGCGCGGAACCUAUACCGUCAGCGUCAGCUCUAACCGGGCCCACCUUGCCUGUCAGACCAGCGUGUCCGCUAUGCCAAAGCAAGGAUCAUAUGAUCGCUUUCUGUAACGCUAACUUAUCGGCUGAGGAGAAGCGUGCAAGGCUGCAGUACGCUAAUUGCUGCUUCCGCUGCGGGACACGCAAUCACAUCGCCAGAUUGUGCAAAAAAUCCAUCAACCUCAGGUGUGGUACCUGCCAGCGACGCCACCUGACGAUUCUCUGUGAAUUAUCGAGGCCAGCCGAAGACCUUCAAUCAAGCGGUAGAUCCCCGGCAUUUCAUGAACCACCGCCCCAACCAACGCGAAACGUCACAACCGCCCAGAGUAGUCACGUCGAAUCUACGCCUGUAUUGUUGCAGACAGGCCGAAUUUGGGCAGAGUCUGGAGACCGACGACUCCUCGUGCGGAUACUGCUGGACAGCGGCAGUCAGCGCACAUACAUUCGUGCAGACGUGGCAAAGAUACUUAAGUGCUCGGUCGUGGGUAAUGAAGAGCUCUCCCUCGUCACAUUUGGUGACUCCAAGUCACGAAGACGAAUUUCUGCAGAGCGUGUCAAAGUGCGACUCCGCAGCCAGUUCGGCGCCUCAUCAGUAACUCUGGAAGCCUUAACGAUUCCUGAAAUCUGUUCUGUAACAAGCCCACCGCUCAACCCCAACAUUUCGCACCUGCUCGGCGAACGGGAGUACAACGUGGCCGACAGCUUUCAACCAACCACAUGGCAACCAGAAGAAAUAAGUGUCCUCAUCGGGUCUGACGCCUAUUGGCAAGUUACCACAGGGAAAAUCGAUCGCAUCAGCGCGACUAUAACAGCAAUCGAAACUACCUUUGGGUGGAUGGUGCAAGGCCCUAUGACGUCCGACUUUCGUUCCCCAACAAGUGCAUUAUUUGUCGCGCUUGAGAAGUCUGAAUCGGAGAACAUCGACGUGUCGUCAAUGCGGCGUUUGGAUGCCAUCGGGAUCGACCAAGCAUCUUCACGGACUCUAGAGAGCGACCCUCACAUGUCUGCAUUUAAUCAAGGAAUUUCGAAGCAAGAUGGCCGUUAUGAAGUGCCGCUGAUGGUCAAACCACCAGGGUUACCAUCCGGAAGCAACAAUCGCCGAUUAGCCGAACGUCGACUGCGAAUGCAGAUCAACCGGUUCCGAGAGCAGUCGUCAAUGCUAGAAAAAUACGACCAAGCAAUUUCAGCUUAUUUCAACGAUGGACAUGCGGAGAAAGUACAAGCCGAGCAGCUGCUCAAGGACAACGUCUACUACAUGCCCCAUCACGCCGUGGUUCGUCUCGAUGCUGUUACAAUGAAGCUUCGUGUCGUAUUUGAUACGUCAUCGCACGAAGCCGGUCAUGUUUGCCUUAACGACGUACUCUCGAAAGGCGUGAAACUUGGUUCUGACGUCAUCCAGCUUCUACAGAAUUUUCGCUGCCACUCUGUAGUUCUCGCCGCCGACAUAAAGAAGGCAUACCUGCAGCUUUUUAUUCGGCCUGAAGACCGAGACCUGCUGCGGUUUUUGUGGCUGGAAAGUAUUAGCCAACGAAAGCGAAUGCCCUUAGAGGAACUGAAAUCUCUGGAAGAAAUGUUCGUCUCAGUGAACCAACCGUUCCCCACCUUGCACAAAGGGACAGAACCGUGGAACUGCCAAAUGCUUCCCAAGGUGAACUUCGAUAUUGGCAUGGACACGAACGUCGUAAACGUUGACGAGAACAAGGAGAAUGCGGUUGCGGAGAAGGCCAUGAAUUCCUCGUACAUCAGAGUGCCGCAUUUAAUCAACGACCUGAAGAUCACAGGCCUCAUGAUCACGGACAAACCGCUUAAAUCGUCCCCCUACCGCUGGCUCAGUUGGAAGAGCAUUCGACCACGAAUACGUCUAGCGAGCAAGCUCGACGAGCUCCAGCAAUUGAUCUCGUCCCAAUUCCUACUGGGAACUCGACACAUCUCGGUGUCACAACGUGCUUCCGCCUCGGGGCUCGCGAAUGCACGUCCAUUGCAACGCAAGGCUCGUCAUCGCCAGCGCCUAUCAACUGAACUGCGGAAAGGACGCCAGCGAGCCUACCUAUUUAUGUUGCGGCCACGUUAUCACCGCUCAAGCUGCACCAUGGACGCGUGCGAUUCCUAUUGGCCCCCCUGGGAGGAUGUUGCAAAAUAG